GAUGCACAUUAUAUAUAUUCUUCGUAGCCGAACGAGAAAACUCUAGAGAGAUAUUCAUUGUCCAAAAAAAAAAAAACUGAAAACUUGUUUUUCAAAUCUCUUGUCUGAUCCCUUUUCUCACAGUCUGUCGAUAUAAACAAUACACAUCAUCUCAUACACAUCAUCUCCCCUGCUUAAAGCCAAUUCAAUCCAAAAGCUUUCGUCUUUCCUUUCCUCAGCCUCGUCCUCUCUCCAUAUUCAAGCUCAGGCUGAGUUGUGUCGUUCUUGGAAGCUAUAGAAAAAAGCCUCUAUGGGAGAAGCCCCAGCUUUCUUUGUUGAUCAUCUGGAGAAUGGACAACACACAUCCAAUGGCUUUGGUGUAAAAACCGAACCGGGACACAGAGAUACAUCUGUCCAAAUCGGAGAUCGAUCCUAUGUGAUUGGUGGGAAUCAUGAAGGGAACCCAUUGUUCCUUGGAGUUCAGAUUCAUGACAAAAACACUAACAAGUGGUCUACUCCUACUGUUCUUGGAACAGGACCUAAACCCUGCAAGGGUUACUCUGCCAUUGUUCUUAAACAAGGCCGGAUCUUAGUUAUCAAGAAAGGCUCAGCUUCUGAUGACUCUAUAUGGUUCCUCGAGGUGGAUAGUCCUUUUGUCCGGGAACAAAGGAAACUGUUGGGGAGAGAGGUUGUUGCUUGGAGUAAAGGAGUUAGAGGAAACGCAGAGAAGCCUAUUGUCAUAAGCGGUCCCUCUGGAGUUGGAAAAGGAACGUUGAUAGCUAUGCUCAUGAAAGAGUUUCCUUCAAUGUUUGGGUUCUCUGUGAGCCACACAACUCGUUCUCCGAGGUGUAUGGAGGAGAACGGUGUUCAUUACCAUUUCACUGAUAAAACUGUGAUGGAGAAAGAGAUCAAUGACGGGAAGUUUCUUGAGUUUGCUUCUGUUCAUGGUAAUCUGUAUGGAACCAGCAUUGAAUCUGUUGAGGUUGUAACAGAUUCAGGAAAGAGAUGCAUACUUGACAUUGAUGUUCAAGGAGCGAGGUCUGUGAAGGCUAGUUCUCUUGAUGCGGUAUUCAUAUUCGUAUGUCCUCCUUCAAUGAAGGAGCUUGAGGAUAGGCUCCGUGCUCGAGGAACGGAGACAGAGGAGCAGAUUCAAAAGCGGCUUAGAAACGCUGAAGCAGAGAUCAAAGCAGGGGAAUCCUCAGGCAUUUUUGAACAUAUCCUGUAUAAUGACAACCUCGAGGAAUGCUACAAGAACCUUAAGAAUGUUAUAGGGAUAAACGAUGAAGCUCCAGUGAAUGGUGUAGAAGUAGAAGGGAUUAGUCUUCCCAAGGAGCAUACAGUAACAAAGGUGGAAGACAAGAUUUUGAUUCAAGAAACAGGAGAAUCAACCAAGAACAACAUGAUCGUGUUGGAUUUAUCCUCAAUUAACGGGGGAGCACCAGGAAGAACAAGAGGGAUUGUUCUGGACACAGUAAAUUCUAGUUAAUAAAGAGUCUGACCAGUUAGAUGAUGAUGAACAUUGCUUCUUGUUUUUUUUUCUGUUUACUGAAAAGACUAAGGCUUAUGGCGGUUCAAAGGUUCACUAGAUACGCACUGAUGAUGAAUUGAUGAUGAUGAUUAUGGUUAUUAUGAAUUUUAUGAUUGUUGAUGACAUUCAAAAAGACAUGAUGAAAUAAGAUUUUUUUUGUUCCU